UUGCUUCUCUUUUUUGUCUCUUUUUCGUCUCUUUUUCGUCUCUUUUUUUCUUUUUUUUUUUUUUCUCUUUUUCUCUUUUCUUUUUCUCUCUCUCUCUUUCUCCUCUCUCUUUUCUCUCUUUUUCUCUCCUCUCUCUCUUUUUCUCUCCUCUCUCUCUUUUUCUCUCCUCUCUCUCUUUUUCUCUCCUCUCUCUCUUUUUCUCUUUUUUUGUUCUAUUCCUCAUUUUAUAGUUUCCCUCAAAUGUUUGACAGCCAAAAGGGAAAUUUCUGUGAUUUUAUAAAUCUUUCUGUUCUUUUUUCAUUCUUUCCUCUCCUUUUUGUUAUUUUUUCGUUCUUUUUCUCUCCUUUUUGUUAUUUUUUCGUUCUUUUUCUCUCCUUCCUGUUCUUUUUUCGUUCUUUUUCUCUCCUUCCUGUUCUUUUUUCGUUCUUUUUCUCUCCUUCCUGUUCUUUUUUCGUUCUUUUUCUCUCCUUCCUGUUCUUUUUUCAUUCUUUUUCUCUCCUUCCUGUUCUUUUUUCAUUCUUUUCCUCUCCUUUCUGUUCUUUUUUUUUCAUUCUUUCCUCUCCUUUCUGUUCUUUUUUUUUUCAUUCUUUUCCUCUCCUUUGUUCUUUUUUUUUCAUUCUUUUCCUCUCCUUUCUGUUCUUUUUUUUUCAUUCUUUUCCUCUCCUUUCUGUUCUUUUUUUUUUUUUUUUCUUUUCCUCUCCUUUCUGUUCUUUUUUUCAUUCUUUCCUCUCCUUUCUGUUCUUUUUUUUUCAUUCUUUCCUCUCCUUCCUGUUCUUUUUUCGUUCUUUUUCUCUCCUUCCUGUUCUUUUUUCAUUCUUUUCCUCUCCUUUCUGUUCUUUUUUUUUCAUUCUUUUCCUCUCCUUUCUGUUCUUUUUUUUCAUUCUUUUCCUCUCCUUUCUGUUCUUUUUUUUUAUUCUUUUCCUCUCCUUUCUGUUCUUUUUUUUCAUUCUUUUCCUCUCCUUUCUGUUCUUUUUUUUUCAUUCUUUCCUCUCCUUUCUGUUCUUUUUUUUUCAUUCUUUUCCUCUCCUUUCUGUUCUUUUUUUUCAUUCUUUCCUCUCCUUUCUCUACAAGAAGAGUUCAUCUAUUCCCUUAUGGCUUGUGCGGCCCGAGGAAAGAAUUAAUGAAAUGUGGUUCUUGGCGUUGUCUUUUCAUGGAAUUUUUUUUCUUUUUCUUCUUACAGAUUGUUGGGGUUAUUCAGAAGUAAAUGAUUGCAGUGGGGAAUGCACCCCCAAACCACGCUUCAAUGGUCAUGCAUCCCAAAAAUAUACCAAUGCACUUUAUUGUUGUUGUCAUGGCAACAAAUGCAAUGCCAACAUUUCGUCAUUUGAUGCGAUUCCUCUUCUCACUAGUGAAGUGAUUUCCACCCCUGUAUUUCCAAUUAAUAUUGAAGCCUAUGACAACACCACUAUUCUUAUAAUUUCCUUGUGUAUAUUAAUUUUCGCCUGUGUCACCAUCAUCAUUUCCUUCCUCCUGUAUCGUAUUUACUGGAAACCACGUAUGCCGUCAUUAGAGCCCCUGAACCCUGAACCAAGCACCACUCCUGGCUUUGAUAUGAGCAAUGUUAAAAUGCUUGACGUAAUUGCCAAAGGUAAAUAUGGGGAGGUAUGGUCAGGAAAAUUGAAUGGUGACCCUGUGGCCAUAAAAAUCUUCAGUGCCAAUCACCGACAAUUUUAUAAUAAUGAAAAGUAUAUCUACAGUUUGCCACACAUGGAUCAUGACAACUUACUGAGGUUUUACGGUGCAGAUGAACUUAUAAAUUCAGAUGGUGUACACCAAUAUUGCUUGGUCCUGUCUUAUAUGCCAAAGGGGACGCUUAUGGCCUACUUACGCGACCACACUGUGGACUGGACACAGAUGUGUAAAAUUGCACUUACUCUUACCCAUGGUUUGGCUCAUUUACACUGUGACAUCAAUAAAGGAGAUCAGUUUAAACCAGCCAUUGCUCAUCGAGACUUUAAUUCUCGCAAUGUGCUCAUUAGACCUGACCUCAGUUGCGUGGUUGCUGACCUGGGCUUUUGUAUGACGACAAUGGGUUCCAAAGUGAUUCGCAAUGGACACACUGAAAGUGCUGAACAGUCUUCACUCACUGAUUUUCAGAAUUCAGAAUUAUGGCUUUCUUCAGUUUCCCUUUCUGUACUUCUUCAUUCUCUCUCUCUCUCUCUCUCUCUUUUCUCCCCCUCUCUCUCUUUUCUCCCCCUCUCUCUCUUUUCUCUCUCUCUCUCUCUCUUCUCUCUCUCUCUUCUCUCUCUCUCUCUCUCUCUCUCUUCUCUCUCUCUCUUCUCUCUCUCUCUCUUUCUCUUCUCUCUCUCUCUUCUCUCUCCACAAGAGAGAAAAGAGAGAGAGAGAGAGAAAGUAACAGGGGAACUGUUACUUUUCUCUCUCUCUCUCUCUCUCUGUCUUCCCGUUUCCUUUCUCUCUCUCUCUCUGUCUUCCCGUUUCCUUUCUCUCUCUCUCUCUGUCUUCCCGUUUCCUGUCUCUCUCUCUCUCUGUCUUCCCGUUUCCUUUCUCUCUCUCUCUCUGUCUUCCCGUUUCCUUUCUCUCUCUCUCUCUGUCUUCCCGUUUCCUUUCUCUCUCUCUCUCUCUGUCUUCCCGUUUUCUUUCUCUCUCUCUCUGUCUCCCCGUUUCCUUUCUCUCUGUCUCUCUAUCUUCCCGUUUCCUUUCUCUAUCUUCCCGUUUCCUUUCUCUCUCUCAUCAUCCCUCCCUCUUUCUUUUCUCUCUCUCAUCAUCCCUCCUCUCAUCAUCCCUUCUUUUCUCUCUCUCAUCAUCCCUCCCUCUUUCUUUUCUCUCUCUCAUCAUCCCUCCCUCUUUCUUUUCUCUCUCUCAUCAUCCCUCCCUCUUUCUUUUCUCUCUCUCAUCAUCCCUCCCUCUUUCUUUUCUCUCUCAUCAUCCCUCCCUCCUUUUCUUUCUCUCUCUCAUCAUCCCUCCCUCUUUCUUUUCUCUCUCUCAUCAUCCCUCCCUCUUUCUUUUCUCUCUCUCAUCAUCCCUCCCUCUUUCUUUUCUCUCUCUCAUCAUCCCUCCCUCUUUCUUUUCUCUCUAAAAUCUUUCAAGAUUACAGCCACAUCAUGUUGGCACUAUUCAUUUCCUUUCUCCUCCUCCCCCAGGUUGGCACUAUUCAUUGCCUUUCUCCCCCCGCCCCAGGUUGGCACUAUUCAUUGCCUUUCUCCCCCGCCCCAGGUUGGCACUAUUCAUUGCCUUUCUCCCCCGCCCCAGGUUGGCACUAUUCAUUUCUCCCCCCCCCCAGGUUGGCACUAUUCAUUUCUCCCCCCCAGGUUGGCACUAUUCAUUUCUCUCCACCCCCCCCAGGUUGGCACCAUUUCUCUCCACCCCCCUUCCAGGUUGGCACUAUUCAUUCCCACCCUCCAGGUUGGCACUAUUCAUUUCUUCCCCCCCCCUCCAGGUUGGCACUAUUCAUUUCUUCCCCCCCCCCAGGUUGGCACUAUUCAUUUCCUUUUUUUUUUUUUCCCCUCCACAAGUUGGCACUAUUCAUUUCAUUUCUUUUUUUUUCCCCCCCUACAGGUUGGCACUAUUCGUUACAUGGCUCCUGAACUGUUGGAUGGCGCUGUAAAUCUUCGAGAUUGUGAAGCGUCUUUGAAACAGAUUGAUGUCUACGCUUUAGGGUUGGUCGUCUGGGAAAUAGCAAGCAGGUGCUCUGACCUUUAUCAAGGGGUUGCUGUCCCUGAAUAUAUGCUUCCCUACCAAGCUGAAGUGGGUGUCCAUCCUUCAUUUGAAGAGAUGCAGAUUUUGGUCUGUGGUAAUAAGAAACGCCCUCUGUUUCCUGAUGUUUGGAAAGAUUCAAAUAUGGCCAUUCAUACUUUGAAAGAGACGAUUGAAGAUUGCUGGGAUCAUGAUGCCGAAGCCCGUUUGACAUCUUUUUGUGUCAUUGAGAGAAUUAUGGACCUGACUUCCCUCUGGGCCCAGGAUUCCAGGCAAAAAGGUGUCACUCCAACUCUAAAUUCCUCGGCACAUAUCACCGUGUCUGAAGAUGCCACUGGUAUUCCCAUGGUUCACCGGAGCAGAUUCCCUGGUUUGUCCAAUGUGGCUGGUGAGAGUGCCACUUCUUUGCCAAUGGACAAUAGUAUGGCUCCUCUGAUCAGUCAUGGCAGCAGUGGGGAUGGCAUGCCCAAUGGUCAGCCAAGGAAUUCCUGGACACCGCAAGACAAAAGUGUCUCUGCACUGACCACGGAGACUUUGCUGACCAUUUCACCGUCAGAGUCUGACCCUCCUCCGGAUUACCAUAGCAUCGCCCCUAAUGGUCCACCUCCAGAUUACGACCCUGAAAAGCAAACUGGUUACAAUUUGCCUAAAUCCCGUAAUGUGGCCUUGCCAAACGGUCAACCCCGAAAUUCUUGGAUGUCUCCAGAACAAAACUCUGUGACGAGAGCGAGCAGCUCGUUACUCACUGCUUCAGAAUCUGACCCACCGCCAAAAUACCAGAACAUCACCCGAGCAAAAACGAACUGCGUGAUUCAGCCCCAUCAAGGUCGGAACCCAACUGUAGAACGGAACACCCAUAAGCGAAGCGAUGAAGAAUUGGCAGUGUCUGGGAAUACGUUGAUCACUGCUGGCACCAAAAAGGAAAUGGAACAGAAAGACCAAAGUAUGAGUGCUUCUUCACAAUUCCACGAGGAUUCAUUUGAUAUUGGGCCAGACAACCUAGAAACGUCUUUGGUGCAGAAUGAUACACUUAAUUACCACCGCAAUGCACCUAUCCAGUAUCUUCAGAACCAGGUUCAUAGUGACAGCCCCCUCGUGCGACCCAAAAUUGCUAAUGUCCCUGGCAAUGGGGUUCCCUAUAGCAAACUGGCUAUCAAUGAAAAACCGCAGAAAUCCCGUUUCAAGCUGAAAAAGACGUCAAAGGAUUUCACAAGCAAACUUAACCACUUGACACAAAUUGGCAAGAACUUUCUAACCCGGAGCAGCCCAAACAUUGAGGGCAAAGGAAGUGAGAAAAACGAGCGGAACAUGUCCGACAGAACAGGUUAUAUCAAUCUUGUUUCUUCCCCACAGCAACCCGUGCAAACGCAAGUCUGUCUACAAAAUGGCAACACUGUGGUGCAACCGUUGAGCAAUGUUGGCCUGACCGCUUCGCCAGGGCCAACCACAAAUAACCAAGACAGACUGAGACUUUCUGAAAUGGGGUUGGCAGGGAUUGAAGGCGUUCACCAAAAUGGACACGUUCCGAUGAUGGCAGCAAAUGUUCCUGUCAAAAGCUCAUCACUGGAAGCCAGCCCGGACGAUCUUCAUAGCAAUUUGAGAUAUAAUGACUUUUUGUUGAAACAGGCCAGCCCUGCCGGCAGCUACAAUGAACUGAAUGACGCAAGAAAUCGGCGACCGACAUCAUUAUCACUUAAGUUACAAAACCUGCAGGCGCCAAAUGGCCAGAAGAGUUCAGACAAGAGUUUGUCUCAGCUGCCUGAAGAACAAUCUCAGCAAGCAAUGUCAGACCCGAGUGAAAAAAUACGCAAUAGAGUAAAGACGCCACUAAAAAUUAAUAGGAACAGAUUGUCCUUGUAUGAUGACCGAGUGAUGUCCCUGAGCUAUGACGACCUUUUUACUGGGGUGGACAAAUCACGUCACACUAAAUCCAGUUACAGUCUACAGCAAUUUGACAGUAGUUCUUCCGUGACAAUUGACUUGCCAGAUUUGCAUACAGCAAAGUGUUAA